UGGGAAGCUCAAAGAUAUCAAACUUUUCUAUAUAAAGGAGAGUCGCUGAUUAUCCCAUGAAGACAGACAAGAGAGAAGUUUAAGCAUUUCCCAAGAAGCUCAAAGUACAACUUGUGAUUGUGAAUAAUAACAAUGGUGGAAAAAGUAGGGGUAGAAGGUGGGGGAAAAAGAUAUGCAUUAUUGCAGGCAGUGAAGGACUCAGAAUAUGUAAAGAAAAUGUAUGGAGGAUAUUUGAAUGUGUUCGUUGCAGCUUUUGGAGAUGAAGGAGAGAAAUGGGAUUUGCUUAUGGUGGUGGACGGAGUGUUCCCCGCCAUGAAUGAGCUUCAAAACUACGCUGGUUUUAUCAUAACUGGAAGCACUUACGAUGCUUAUGGGAAUGAGUCUUGGAUUUUGGAUCUUUGUUUCCUCUUGCAGAACCUUGACGCCAUGGGAAAGAAGCUUCUUGGCAUUUGUUUUGGUCAUCAGGUAUUGUGUAGGGCAUUGGGUGGGAAAGUUGGGAAGGCUGAGACAGGGUGGGAUAUUGGGGUGAGAAAAGUGGAAAUCAUUGGGAGUUCAGAAUGGGAAUCUGUUAAAGAGAUGGAAGAAAUUCCAAGGAGUUUGUUCAUAAUUGAGUGUCAUCAGGAUGAAGUUUGGGAAAUACCUUUUGGGGCUCAAGUCGUAGGUUUCUCAGACAAGAUAGGUGUUGAAAUAUUUGCUAUUGGAGACCAUAUUUUAGGAAUUCAAGGCCACCCUGAGUAUUCUAAAGACAUUCUUUACAAUCUCGUGGAUCGCCUAGCCAAUAAUGACACUAUACAGAGGGAAUUUGCUGAAGACGCAAAGGUAUGUAUACAAGCGGUAGAACCAGAUACAAAGUGGUGGAAGAAGACCUGCAACAAUUUUCUCAAAGGAUGAUUAAUGGAAUCUGCUUUGU